AUGCUCGACGAAGCUCAAUCGAGGGCCCUCGCAAUUCCAGAGAUUGUAACUUCAAUCUUCCGACAAAUGGACAUGCGCACACUGCUCAUCGCGCAAGGAGUUUGUCAGAGAUGGAGAGAUUUAAUCUGCAAUACAAUAUCGCUUCAACAGGAUUUAUUCCUCCAACCGAUCGGUCAUGGUCACGAGCUCAGCGACCGAGUAGACAACCCACUGCUCGCAGAAGCUUUCCCGUCUGUUUUCGGAUCCCGAUUACGGGAGCGUGAGAGCAAAGGAUCUCUCUUUGGCCUCACUGAUCUUCACUGGGAGAAGAAUUCUGCCGUUCGAGAAAUGUUCAUUCGCCCGGAAGCAAGCUGGCGUCGGAUGCUUACGCACCAGCCACCUCUAUAUCAUGUUGGAACAUUCCAAUCUUACUGCCACCCGUUUGGCUGGGGUUGGACCCAGUCAAGGGCUAAUGUUCCAGAAGAUGGUCUUCGAAUGGCGCCGCUCUUUGAAUUCUUGAUCGAUCGUCACUGGCCUCCAUGGUCCGGAUUGUCUAUCGAGAUUUAUUAUUCGGAUUCUUCGCCUAAAAAUUCGGCUGCUGGAGCUUUCGAGUCGAAGUUGUACGACGAUCAGAGCUCAGGAGAUCAGGCCCGGGAAGAUAUGAUAAAUCAAUUUGAUCUUGUUCUGGAAGUCCGAAAAAGCUCGGCUUGUACAGAUGAGUACGAUUGGGAGGAGGAACAAGAAGAAAGGGAAAAGAAGGCCAGAGAGCAAGGCGUUGAGCUUCCUGAUAUAGACUCGACCGUCUGGAAGAGAAUUUCUGAAUGUUACCUGAAGUUGGGGAUGGUGAUGGCGGGCUUUGAGAUGGAAGUGUAUCACGAAGUAAGUGGAAUGUGGGACUAG